AGGUUAUGAUAAUCAUACAAGAAAAAAUAUGUUUUGAAGAAUAAGAAUUAACUUGUUUGUUCAUAUAAAAUCAAAAUAAGUACAUAAAUUUUUAGUUUAGUAUUCAUAAAUUAUAUAAAAGCAAUGAAAAUCAAUUCAAAAAGCGAAGAAUUACAGGAUGUCACAACCGGUGUUAAGAAAAAGAAGAAAGACAAAGAUAAAACAGGUGAUAUUAGCGUCGAUAAACAUGUUAAAACAACUAAGAAAAAUAAACUCAAAAGAAAUUUGUCUUAUACUGAAGAUGAAGUAGUAAAGAAACAGAAAACAAAAGAUGACUUGAAUGAUACAAAUGGCAAUGACUGUACAACAGAAUUUGAUAAUGAAAUGUCUUUAGAAUCUCAAGAAAACAGCACAGUCAAACAUGUAAAACUAACAACAGAGCCAGAAGAUAAUAAAAAUGAGGAAAAUGAGGAAAAUAGAGAAAAUAUAAAUGAAGAAAAUCACUAUUUUGACGUGAAAUUGUUAAGAAAAAGUUUGAAUAGUCCCAACAAUUUGGAAAUGCUAAAAAAGUUUGUAAAGAUUUGUAAUGAAAAUGAAGAAAGAGAUUUGGCUGCAGAAUAUUUAAAUUCAGGUGGCAAUAUUCUUGAAAUAUUAAGAGUAUUAGAUACAGCAGAAAAAAAGAAUAUUAGUUGUAUUAUAAUAGUAUUUGCUGUCAUAAGAAUAUUACUAAUAAAAAUUUUAGCACAGUAUCCUCAGUACCAAUCUAGUGCAGAACAAGCAUGUCACCACAUAGUUAAUUCACAUUUAUCAUCAAUACAUUCAAUGUUAUCUGUACAAGGUAGUGCAAAGCAGAGAAGAGUAGUUUUACAGUUGCUUGCUGCUGUAGUUUCUUUGGGUGGUACUCUUCCAUGUGAAUUGCUUGUUCACCUGUCUAUACCACCAGAAGUUAUUAAAUCUGUUGUGCAGCACACAAAGCCCACAGAUAAGCAGAACAUAAGGAAUUGUUUUAUUCACUUUAUUCUUGCCUUUUUGAUAGAAGGAAAUAUACAGAUUAUUAAAGUUCUUUUGGAAAAACGUGAUUUACUUUCUAGCAUAUUUCCUGAUCUUAUAUAUGAUUCUAAGGAAAUUGUUAAUUUAGUCCUAGCUACUCUUAAGAAUCAUGUUCUUCAAAAUCCAAAUAUUACAAAAACUAUGAAAUUGCGAAUAUUUUCAACGUCGAUCAUUCAAAACAUUGUAAAUUUGUAUAAUUGGAAAGGUCCAAAUAAUUGGCCAAAAAAUAAAGUUCAGAACUUUACUUCAAAUCCACAAUAUUUGGAAGAGAAAGAGGUUGUUACUGAAAUUGUACAUGAUUUUUUAAUCAUAUUGUUAACAUCACAUCGACAUGGCGUUAUCUUUCAUGAUCGUACACUUGGUACUUCUCAUGUUAAACAUAAUAAUUUAGUGAACACAAUAAUUCAAAGCUUAGACCGGCCAUGGGAACAUGAAAAACCAUCAGAAUUAAUAAUUAAAAUAAUGACAGCAUGCCCAGACUUAAUUAAAUCUCAGUUUACUAUUUUGGAACCUUACAUUGAACCCAGAGUUUCACUAAAAUGGAUGCAAUCAAUGCAGUUUGUAAAAAAGAUAAUUAAUUCAGUGGAUGUGGAAAAUUGUAUAAAGAUAUGUUCCUCAGAAUUAAAUAUAUCACAAUUAGCUAAUGCAAUAAUGUCCAUAGUUCUACCUGGAGUUUUAUUAAAACAUACAAUUAUUCCUUCAUUAACCCAUUCUAGUAUAAUAAUAAAACACGAGGCAAUACUUAUACUUUUAACUGUAUUUCAACAAAUUAAAAGAUAUUUAUUAGUUAUAAGAACAAAGUAUAACCAGGAUAGUGAUGUUAAUACUUUUAACAAGUGCAUAUUGGAAUCACUAAUAAAAAAUGUACCUACUUUAAAUAUGAUAAUGAAAUUGUGGACUUCUGUGUCUGUGCCAAAUUCAGUUGAAUCAGAUAAUACAGAACACGAACACAUUCCAGAACCAAGCAAACAUGAACAUUUAACAGCCGUUUUAGACUUAUUACAUAUAUACAAUGAAGUUUGUCCAAAAUUAUUAGAUACAUUACCUGAUAUUGAAUCAAAUGUAUUUUUAAACGUAUUGAAGGAAGUGAAUGAUAUUGGUAUUGACGAAUUUAACGCUUUGAAAGUAAAAGCUAUACAGUUUUUAGUUAUUUUGAGACCCAAUGAAUUUUUACCACAAAAGAAAAUAUUCAAAAAUGUAUUGUCAUUUUUAAUACCUCUUUUGAGUAAAGAAACAUCCUCAAUUUCAUUAUCUGUAGAAGUAACAAUCAAAACUUUGUUAAAUGCUACUGGAAUGUUUGACGGAUGUAAUGAUCAUUUAGAUAUUUGGAUCAAGGGUUUUAUGAAUUUAGAUGAUAAAGAAGAAGUUACAAAAUGGUUCAUUCAUAUUCUAAAGAAAGCUGCUUUAAAUAUUGAAAAAUACGCGAAUGAAAUAAUCGAAGUAGAAGAAAAUAUUGAUGAAGAAGUAGUUCAUGGUGGUCGAUUAGAAGAUAUAUUUACAGAACUGGUAAAUGAGAAUAAUAUUUAUGAAAACAUGGAAAAUAUCGUUUUACGUAUGCAACGUUUUACAUCAAUAUCGCCACUUGUAUGUUGCAUUUUACAUAAAAUGAAAACAGAUUUACAUUCUACCAUCUUAUCUUAUUUAUCUUAUGUUUUAAUACAUACAAUGCAUUAUCAAGUAGCACCUCAAUGUUUAAUACAUUUAGUAAAAAAUGCAGAAUUACCAGUCAAAGAAUAUUUCCUAAGCUGGUUAGAGGGUAAUGACCCUACUUAUAUUAAAGAAAUCUUUCCCUCAAUGAAUUUGACAUGUAAAUUAAAUUCAGUAUUAUUAAGCAACAGUAAAUUGCAGAUAAAUGAAGUAUUUAAUGGUGAUAAUAUAGUUACUUUCCACUAUAAUGGCGAAGAUAUAAUAAUUCAUCAUUCAUUGUCCCCGUAUGAUAUCAUGCAUUUAUUCAAAAUGACUGUAUUCUAUUUAGUACAAUUUACUAAACGGGGUAGUUUAACAAAAAUUCAAAGUGACAAUUGUAAAGUACUUUUAAUAUCACUAUUAUAUCUGGCUAAAGAUAGUCAAGACAAUUCUACGCUCGCGGAAAAAUGUGCAACAUUUGUUUUUACACAUCCUGUUAUUCUGCAUAAUUUUUCACCAUUUUAUCAAAAGAAUAAAGAUUCGAUAAAAUGUAUUUUAACUCAUAUGAUCUUUGAUAUCUGUAAAGUAGUGAUUCAUUUAUGUAAAGAAUGUAAUAUAAGAAGUUUGUUUUAUCAUUUCAAAAAUAAGUUAAUUACUUUACUUUGUAAAAUGAUAGACAAACGUAAAAAAAGUGAUAAGAUAAAUGAUGUUAAUAUGAUUAUUACUAUGCUAGAGUUGUUGCAACUAACAUCGCAAAAUGUCGUAUACUUAUUAAAAAAAUUAAUCAGUUUAGAAAGUUCAUUGUUUAUAUUAAAUGAUGAGAAGAAUUUAUCAUUAUAUGGAUAUGUAGUUCCGAAAUUGUUAGACAUAGCUACUAGCGAUGAAAUGAAAUCCGAGCGUUCUGUAUUGCUUGAAUUGGAUGCAGAAUUUGUAAAACAUUUAUGUUCGCAUCUACUAUUUUUAAAAUCACAUUUGAUUAUUAAUUUUGAAACGUGGGAAACAUCAUUAAAUAAAUACAUUUCAAAAUUUCCAUUUAAUAUUGCUAAUAUUGACGCAAAUAUGUUUAUGGCAUUACUGUCAACGAAGAUCACUGAUACAACUGUGAAAUUAAUUUCAUUUGUAAUAAGUAGAAACGUAAAAUUCGUACACCUCUUUGUGAAAUAUAUGAUGAAAUCUGAAAGUAUAAAGGAAGGUAACAUUAUACUUCCGAUAUUGGCAAGCAACUUAAAUUUUAAAUGGAACCAUAAUUUUUUACAAAAUUUAAAGAACCACUAUGAAACUGAAAUUUUAUCUUACCUAUGCAAACCGAAAGAUACAAAAGUUUGGAUAGAAGAAAAUGUUGCUGCUAUUUGCUAUUUAGUAAAACAUGUGUUUGAUUUGACGGCAUGUAGUAAAACAUGUAAUAGUAUUUUACAAAUCGGUGAUAAAUUAGAUAUGGUAUCUAUACCGUAUAUAAAGAUUCUUCAAAGCAUAUAUAACAAAUGUGCAGCCUCAGAUGCAGACAGUGAACAAUUCAUUAUGACUUGGGUACAAGUUUUGCUUCAUAUCACUACUUUAACUUUGAAACGGGAGUCUAAAAAUGUUAAGAAGAUUCAUAUGCUUUGCAAAUCACUAAACGAAGCAGUUCAACAUUUAAAAAACAAGAAGGACGAUUUUGUGUUUGAGGCAUUAAGUAGUAGUAACUCAUGGCCAUCAUUUACAAGAUUUUCUUUGAAAUUGGGUCUUAAAGAAUCAAACGAUAAUGAACAAUCACAUCCAAUAUUAAAAACUUUAUCUACUUUAUGCAGUGUUGCUUAUAGGAAUAAUAGUGAUAAUGAACAUGCGAAAACUUUAUUUGAAAUGGCAACUACUCAUUCUGCAUUUAUUGAUAUUAUGUUGGGGUCAUCAGAUAUAAAAAGAAAUUUAAUAGAACUGCUGUUAAUUCUUAUUCAAAAAAAUAGAAGUACAAUGGCACUAACGCACAUACCACUUUAUUUGGCAGCCUAUAAUGCAACUUUGAGUGAAGCUGAUCAAUAUAUUUUAUUAAUUUUACAAUACUAUGAAAUUAGUAAUAUUAAUAUUUGUGAAUAUUGGCCAUAUGUUUGGGGAAAUGCAGCAGCAGUACAUUAUAGUGUGAAAGGUGAAGUACAUAUGAACUUAUGGAGACAACCAUCUGUCACUCAAGUUUUGAAUUUGUUCGAAGAAGAUAAAGUAAAUAAUACGAUAAAAAAUUAUCCUAUUAACAGAGGGUUAAAGAAUACUGAAUUAUAUGACGUAAAUGAUAUAUAUGAUCCUGCAUUUUAUUUACCACUAUUACAUUAUUUAUUAUCUGAAAAUAAUGUUGUAUCGUGUCACAAAGUUGCCCAAAGUGGAGCUCUAGCGUUAACAUUCGCUGCUUGUAGCAGUGUGCAUGCCGAUGUUCGCAUGUUAGCUUAUACCGUCAUUGCUAGAUAUUAUACUCAUCUGGAAGCUUCUAGUUCAAAAGCAAAAUUAUGGAUGCGAUUGGUAGACGCAUUGCGUUAUGGUAUCGCAUCACUUCAGUCAGAAUUGAACAAUGUCCGUCUCAAUUGUUUAGUUUCGAUCUUUCUGGCAAGAACAUCAUUAGUAGCAACGAAACCGUUGCAUUCUCUCUAUCCGGCUUUGCAGACAUUUUUGUUGGCUAAACCUGCACUAAAUAUAAACACAAUACCUGAGUUGUUACAACUAUUUCAUAGCUCUGAUGUUAAACAUAAAGUACAUAGAUGUUGGAUUCUAGAAAAUAUUCGCGAUGGUAUGAAAACAGAGACUGAUUUGGAUGUAGCUUUUAAGUGUACUUUAUUUAAAAUGCUGUUAGAUUUUUAUACUUGUAACUUGUCGGAUUCGGAUGCAAAGAUACUCAUCUUAGAAGUUAUUAACGUUACACUGAAAAUUGCUAAGGCAUCUACACUUCUUAUAGAAGGUCAUGGAUUGCUUCCCUGGUUACUAGGAAUUACGACGGAUUUGUACAAACAAGAAACUCGGCAUAUCGAACUGAUAGUGGAAAUAACAAAUAAACUUUUAAAUACUAUAUUAAGUACAAAAGGGAAUACUAAUCACUUCAAAAUAAUGCUUUUAAAUGUUAUAUUGAAUUUACAAUUGCAUCUAUCUAAAGAUAUCAAGAUUACCACAUUUACAUUAUAUGUAAACAUUUUGCAAAAAUUACUCGAGUCAAAAUCUAUCAAAACGAUUGUAACAAAGGACAACAUAAUAGAAAUUCUCGAAUUGUCAAAAAAAUUAUUAGGUAGUAUAGAUGGAUGUGAUGAUAUGAUGCGUUUUGGUUGUAAAUAUAUAACCAAAACGGACUGUUCUUCUCAGGAUGAGACUGCAAUAGCAAGAAAUAGUUUGAGAACAUUAGUUUGGACGUGGUGUAACAAUGAAUAAAAAAUAUUACCUUAUAAUUGUAAUUUUUAUACACUAUUCACAUACUAUAAUUAAAAGCGCGCGUUAUUUUGUAAAAUAUAUUUUAUAGAAAUUCAAAU